AUGAAGGGAUUCCCCCUGUCUGAAGAACUCCAAAGACAGCUAGUGCAACUAGGGUUCAAGCUACCACAACUCCCAAUGUACUCAGGGAAAGAAGACCCUGAGAGACACCUGCAACACUUCAUCGCAAUGGCGGUGUUGCAUGGGUGGAACGAGAUCACCAGGUGCAAGGCUUUCCCUCUCUUAUUGGCAGGACAAGCUCAACAAUUGUUCACUGAGUUACCUGUCGGACAUAUCCGUUCAUUCGAGCAACUAAAGAAAGAAUUUCUAGAAGCAUUCUCUACCUACGUCCCGAAGAAAAAAAGUGCCAUGUAUUUGAUGAGCUUGCAGCAAAGGCAAACCGAAUCCCUAAAGCAAUACAUUGAGAGGUUUAGAGCUACGACACAGGAGGUAAGAGACCUCCCAGUUGGUUUGGCAGCAUCCGCCUUGCUUAAUGGGACCGCCUAUGCCCCUCUUAGAAGAUCCCUAGCCUUUAUCGAGCCAGACUCAAUGGUCGACUUGUUUGCUCGAGCUGAACAGUUCAUCAUCCAAAUGGAAAUUUUGGAAGCAUGGGAAGGUAAAAGAAGGGGAAGGCCAAACGACGUUGGGUCAGAUAGAUCAGUGAAGGUAGAGAGAAGAGAAGAGCUCCCAAAGAUGCAAUUUCGGAGCUUCACUCCCCUUACUGAGCCGAGAGCCGCUGUCCUUUCCUUCAUUGCACAUACCGGGCUAAUUAAUUUCCAUCCACGUUUCAAUCAGCCGAUGGGCAGAAACAUGGAUUCUUUCUGUAAAUUUCAUGAAACCUCAAGGCAUACUACAGAGCAGUGUCUGGAACUACGAAAUCAGAUUGAGCAGUUAAUUAGAGAGGGGAAGAUCGAUCGAUUCAUACUGGAUAAGCCAAGAAACCAACAAGGCCGAAAAGAGGAGCCCAAGAGAUAUAGCUAG